AUGGACUGGCUCCCAGGGUGGCGAAGGCCGGACUUCCUCAAGUCCAAGCGAGGCAGGAAUCGCGUCGAAGACGAAAAGGGAGAUGAAGCGCGUCUGGUCGACGAUCUGUUUCCCGGAUUCAAGAUGACUGAGGAGGAUGGAAUGCUUGCUCGCCGGGCGUACUGCGGCGGCACUGGGUCUGAGAGGGAGCCGGGUGGUGUGAGGGAGAGGGAGAGGGAGAAGGAAAAGGAAAAGGGAGUUCCGUGGGGAUAUAUGCUCCCCCUGCUCGAAGCUCUUAUGGAAGAGCAGCGGAAAGAUCAAGCUCCUCCUCCUCCUCCUCCUCCUCCUGCUCCGGGGAUGGGAAUCCGAAUCCUAGAUGUCGGCUGCGGAGCGGGCAAGAUGGCCAUCGAUCUCGCCAAGCGACUCGGCCCCGCGGGCGAAGUGGUCGGGGUGGAUCUCAGCGCCGCGAUACUCUCGAGCGCGCGCGCGCAGGCGGAAAUGGAAACGACGGCAAAUGUGAGAUUUCUGCAGGGGGAUGUGUAUUCUUUGCCUUUGGAGGCGGCGGCGGCGGCGGGAGGGGGAGGGGGAGGAUUCGACGUCGUGAGCACGCAUCAGGUCCUCGCGCAUUGUAGGGAGCCCGUGCGGGCUAUUAAAGAAUUGAUGAGGGCGGCGAGGAAGGGGGGAGGGGGAGGCAUGCUCUGUCUGAGGGAGGGGGAUUUACUCACCGCGAAGUUCUUUCCCGAAGAUGCGGUUUUGGGGGAAUGCUUUGACGUUAUCCGCAGAGUCCAUGCGUCUCAGGGCGGGGCUGUGGAGGCCGGGAGGCAAUUGCAAAGGUGGGUUCGAGAAGCUGGGGUGGAGAGGGAGAAUUUUGAGGUAAGCUAUAGGGCUUGGGUCUACGAGACUGCGGAGGAGAGGCGGGAGUACGGCGGCCAUUGGCCGGCGAGGUGUACGCUGGGCAUGUUUGCGGAGAGAGCGAUGGAAUUGGGAGUCUCGCGGGAGAGGUUGGAGCAGUAUGCACUGGCUUGGAAGAGGUGGGUGGAGGAUCCGAGGGGGCGAUUUGUGAUGAUUCACGCAGAGGUUGUUGCUAGGGUAUGA